GGCGAGCCAGAAUGUCGGUGAAGCGAGUGGAGGUUGUUUACCAUCGACGGUAGCGUCAUGGAAGGCGGAGGACAGGUACUGCGGAUGGCCGCGCGUUCAGCGCGCCUAUUCCGAAAGCCGGUGCGGGUAACGAACAUUCGAGCGGGAAGGAGCAACCCAGGCCUGAGGCCGCAGCAUUUGACGGGCAUGAACUUGGUGAGGGACAUCUGGUGAGGCCGCCUGGUGAACGCCGUGAUUGGUUCGACUGAGAUCGAGUUGCACCCCGGCCCCAUUCGGGGUGGCCUCUUCGCUGCCGACACCGGGACAGCCGGGAGUGUCGUGUUGCUCCUUCAGGCUGCCCUGCCAUGCCUGCUGUUUGCAGAUGCACCAUCUGUGUUGCGCCUUCGGGGUGGAACGAAUGCAGAGAUGGCCCCCCAGAUUGACUACACGCUGUCGGUGUUUCUGCCCAUAGCAAGAAAAUUUGGAGCUUCAUGUGACAUCAAGGUUCUUAAAAGGGGCUACUACCCCAAGGGAGGUGGUCUGGUCGAGGUGUGUGUGCGGCCUGCAGGCUCCCUCCAACCACUCGUCCUCACUGACCCUGGCUGUGUGGCCAGGGUUACCGGACGGUCCUUCGCUGCUGGUCAGCUCCCUCUCAAGGUGGCCCACGUGAUGGCUGACAGGGCGGUGGACAUCUUGAGGGAACAACUGCCAUCGUCCGUCACUCUGUCUGUGGAACGCCUGAAAGAACCGGAGGCAAAGGCAUUCGGCACAGGCAGCGGUAUUAUUUUGGUUGCUGAGUCCUCAACUGGGAUGAAGGUUGCUGGCAGUGCACUGGGAAAACGAGGUGUAAUGGCAGAAGCUGUUGGCCAAGCAGCAGCUGAAGAGCUUUGCCAGGAACUGAGGCACAAUGUUUGCGUUGAUAAGCAUCUCCAAGAUCAGUUGAUUGUGUUAAUGGCGCUUGCAAAUGGAACUUCGAAAGUUCUCUGCGGGCCUCUAACAUUGCACACUGAAACUGCCAUCCACAUUGCCCAUAAAUUAACACAGGCCAAGUUUAAACCUUCCCUGCAGGAGGGCGGCACUGUACUCCUUGAAUGUGUUGGAGCUGGCUGCCAUAUACCAAAACUGCAGUGAUGCCUACAACAUUAUGACAACGUGUUUCAGCAAAGUUGGAAAUAGUGUAAUCUGAAGAUCCUUGUGGCAGAUUAAUAUUGGGAAGUAAAUAUUGACAUAUUGACACUUUGAGAUCUUUUGUUCCAUAUGAAGUUUAAUGAGCUCAUAAAUUCAUUUCCAGCAGUUUAUAAUGUUCUCACCGGUUUCAUUUUUUUAGGGCAUACGGGAUAUCAAACUUUGAUUGCAUUUUGUUUCUUCAAAUACUGUACGUUGAAUCCCUGUUAAUUAUUUAAAGUGCAGACUUCACUAGUCUAUAAGUUCAGUAUCCCAGAAUAUUUGUGACUAUGAAAUAAACGGUCAAGGUUUUCUU